AUGCAAACUCAAAUUACUAAUUUGCAAGAAAGUAUCGAAAUUUAUAGCACAGAACUAAAUGAACAAGGUAUUCAUACAACUCCGAUGCUCCGAAGGCAAGAUGCAUUCUAUUUUGAAAACGAAGAAGGACUAGAAAUGGAUGAUA